UUCCACUGUAUUCUGCUACUUAGUUGAAUUCAAAGUGAGUGUCUAGGGCUGAAGGCGGUAGGCAUUCUGCCGCUAGGCUACGCCAUCACUCGCGUUUCUCAUCGUUCACCAACACACAUCAGCAAACGCCAGGAACGCAGUCGCCUCUAUGAUUACAUGACACAAACCUCAGGCGCGUUUGACUUCCGAGCAGACCGCCAACCGUAUUCCACCCCUUUACUCUGUCUGUCUUUGACCAAAGAUGGCUUCCUCCAAUUCGACGGCGCUCACCAAGCGCAGCGCUGCGGGUGCGCUUAUGCCACCUCCUCCAGCGCCAAAGCGCAUAAAGCGACCCUCCGUGGUUCUCGACGAAGAUACAUACGUUUCAGCGGUUUCGCACAUAAUUCGGCGCGACUUCUUCCCCGGGUUGGCCGAGUCCGACGCGCAGCGCGAAUACUUAAAUGCGCUGGAGAGCAAAGACAAAGCGUGGAUCCGCGAGUCUGGGAAGAAGCUUACUCAUGCCAUGACGCCUGUUCCGUAUGGCCAAAGGCGAGCAGCAGACAGAACAAGAUUCAGUAGACCAGGCCCAAGCUCCACAGACAAGACUCCCAGCGUGUGGGGCGCAGACACACCAAUUACGGUUGCCGGUACUGAUGUCGAUGAGGAUGAUGAGGAAGGAUUGGGCAAACUGAACAAGGUUGAUCUCGACAUGUCUCUCAACGCCUUCCAGGCAAAGUACACCUCUGAGGACCAAGAGAGCUUCAGCGCUAUCGUCGACAAGCAGAAUCAGAAGAAGUUCGAAAAGAAUCCAUGGCUCCACGAUGGCAAUCGCUACGCUUCCAAACAGCGCAUCGCCCAGCAGAAAGUUCUCACUGCCAAUGCCGCUUCAGACUCCACAGCCCUCACCGUCCGCCCCAGCCAGAACCUCGACGACCGACCCGCAGCGCCCACCAUGCACAAGCACACCGCCUUCAACACGCUCAUGUUCGCUCCCGAUUCCAUCGAGUCCUGGGCACCUACCAAUAUCGCCCGCGCCGAAACCGCGUCUCUUGCGCCGCCAAAGCAGACGCGGUAUGCGAACACCCGCCUUCCCGCCGAAGCCGAACUUCCACCGCGACCAACAAGCCCAACACUCUCCGCAAUCCGCGACGCCGUCUCGGGAAAGCCACGACUGGGUGCAAGCGAAGGCGGAUACACAGGCAGUGAGACACCGCGCGUGAAUGGAUAUGCGUUUGUAGAUGCACAAGCUCCUGAUUCAGACUCAGACGAGGAUGCGCCAGAGGACUUGCUGGAGCGAUUCGGCGUGACGGGAGACGGGGCUGGCAAAGCGACGCCUUUCAGCAUGAGUGAAGCGAGCGAGAGGGAGAAAAUGCAUCACAAGAUGGUGGAUCGGAUCGGCGCGAAGCGCUCUGCGGGCGCGAGCACCAGACCGGGUCCCACGGGUAAAGGCUUGGGCAUAUUCACGAGUGAGACGCCUCGGUUUCUGAGCGCGCCGACACCUGCCACAAGGCUUGUGGCGCAGACACCCGGGCGGAAGAACAAGGGCGACCUUACCCCUGCCGCGCAGAGACUGUUUGAUAGAAUGGGCAAGACGCCUAGAGCCGGUGGCAGUGGCUUCGGAGGAAGCAACGGGAGGGCCCAGGAUUGGACGCCUGUCUCACGAGCGAGGAAGAAGCCUUGAUGGUCUCUUCGGGAAGGAGAGCGAUGAUGUUUCUGGCCUGUACGAAGUGCUCGAGCAGGUCAGUAAGAACUAGUGAUACCCAAUUCAAAUAUUCAACGUGAGAACAAACUUUGAUUAAGUGAUGAAUAAGCAAGUAACCUUAACGAUGUCCGAAGACAACACCAAGUCU